UCACGGCGGUUUUCCUUAGGAGGUGGUGGCAGCAGGGGGAGGAGGAGGAGGAGCAGGAGGAGGAUGGAUACGGAGUGACGACGGUGUCACAGCUCCACAACAGCUCAGGUUGACUUUAACUAGCAGCGUAAACACACCGAGGGAAUAAAAGAGUCGGAGUUUUAACUAAACACUUCAGGAGCGUCUUGUUGGUCGUUUCUUCUCCUUGUUGUUGUCGCUCUCCGGAAGGAGGAGGAAGGAUAUUAUGGCUGCUGUCUCCCAACAGAUCCAGGGACUUCAGUCAGAUGAGGAUGGCACCAGAAUCCUAAAAGUGAAAGUCAUUGGUGGAAUCGGACUGGCCAAGAAAGAUAUUCUUGGAGCCAGUGAUCCAUACACGAGGAUGUCUCUGUAUGACCCUGUCAAUGGAGAAAUCGCAAGUCUUCAGACUAAAACUAUUAAAAAGACACUCGACCCAAAGUGGAAUGAAGAAUUCUUUUUCAGAGUUGACCCCACAAAGCAUCGCCUGCUGUUGGAGGUGUUUGAUGAGAACCGCCUGACACGUGAUGACUUUCUCGGACAGGUGGACGUCCCCUUAAAUCAGAUACCGACAGAAAAUCCUAACACAGAAAGGCCAUACACAUUCAGGGAUUUUCUGCUUCACCCACGAAGCCACAAGUCCAGAGUCAAAGGUCACCUGCGUCUCAAAAUGACUUUCCUGCCAAAAAAUUCAGGUUCAGAGGAGGAAACGACAGAUCAGAGCGAGGACACAGAUCCUGGAGGCUGGGAGCUCCUGGAGAAUCAGGACAUGUCAGGUCCCAGAGAAAGCCAGCUGCUGCCUCCUCUGCCCCCUGGCUGGGAGGAGCGGCAGGACAACCUGGGAAGAAUUUACUUUGUCAAUCAUGAAACCAGAACCACGCAGUGGCUACGACCCUCAGUACAGGAUGCUGAUUUGGAAACUCGACGGACACAGAACAAUGAUACGGAUGUGGAGCAUGCUUUCAUUGCACGCAGACAAAUCUCAGAGCAUGAUGAGAGCAACACACAGGAGUCUCCAGAGAGCUGGGAGAUCAUAACGGAGGAUGAAUCCACUUUGCACCACAGCAACAACCAGAUCACAUCACCUCCACCUCAGGCGCCUGCAGAUUUCCAGCCGUUUUGUGAUGAGCUGAGGAAUGUGCACAUUUCUGGGGCCACAGCUGGCGAGCAGCGCACCUCCCAGACGAAUCACGCUAGUAAUUCAAUCCAUUCCAGUCGCAGAGGAAGUGCCCCGGCUUCAGGCGGAGAGGAACAUCCCGUUAAUCCUGUGCUGCUUCCAACCACAGCUGGGUUGCCUCCAGGCUGGGAGGAGAAGCGGGACAGUAAAGGAAGACGCUACUACAUCAACCACAAGAGCCGAACCACAACGUGGACACGACCACUCGUUCAGAGAACCUCGGAUGCUUCAGCACAGAGCAGUGCAAGUGUACGCCGAAGCUCAACACCACCCCAACCGACUGCACCACCCACACAACCCGCAACACCCACGCCACCCGAGGAGCCUCCUCAGAGCACUCCAAGCCCCGAGACAUCAUAUGAAUCUGGCUUCUUGCCAUCCGGUUGGGAGGUUCGCAGUGCUCCCAAUGGAAGACCCUUUUUCAUCGACCACAUCACGAAGACGACUACCUGGGAAGAUCCCAGGCUUAAGAUCCCUGUGCACAUGAGGAGGAGACCCUCACUCGACCCUUCUGAUCUCGGCCCUCUGCCACCUGGUUGGGAAGAAAGGAUCCACUCUGAUGGGAGGAUAUUCUACAUUGAUCACAACACCAAGACCACACAAUGGGAUGAUCCCAGAUUACAGAACUCAGCUAUAACUGGACCAGCAGUGCCUUACUCUAGAGACUACAAACAGAAGUAUGACUACUUCAGAAAGAAGCUGAAGAAACCGGCCGACAUCCCAAAUCGUUUUGAGAUGAAGAUGAGACGAAAUGCAGUGCUGGAGGAUUCAUACCGACGCAUCCUCUCCGUGAAGAAAGCGGAUCUGCUGAAAGCCCGACUGUGGGUGGAGUUUGAGGGAGAAAAAGCACUGGACUACGGUGGCCUGGCCCGGGAGUGGUUCUUCCUCAUGUCCAAGGAGAUGUUCAACCCGUACUAUGGACUGUUUGAGUAUUCUGCCACGGACAACUACACUCUGCAGAUUAACCCUAACUCAGGUUUGUGCAAUGAGGACCACCUGUCCUACUUCAAGUUCAUCGGCCGAGUGGCAGGAAUGGCCGUUUAUCACGGCAAACUCCUUGAUGCUUUCUUCAUUCGGCCGUUCUACAAGAUGACGCUGCAGAAGUCGAUCACGCUCCAGGACAUGGAGUCUGUUGACAGUGAAUAUUUCAACUCCUUGAUGUGGAUUUUGGAGAACGAUCCAACAGACUUAGAUCUGAGGUUCACCAUUGACGAGGAGCUGUUUGGACAGACUCACCAGCAUGAGCUGAAGCCAGGCGGCACAGAGAUCGUUGUCACAAAUGAAAACAAGAAGGAAUACAUCCAUCAUGUGAUGCAGUGGAGGUUUGUGAACAGAAUACAGAAGCAGAUGACCGCUUUCAAGGAGGGAUUCUUUGAGUUGAUACCACAAGAUCUGAUCCAGAUCUUUGACGAGAAUGAGCUUGAGCUGCUCAUGUGUGGUCUCGGAGAUGUGGAUGUGAAUGACUGGAAGGCGAACACCAAGUACAAGAACAGCUACAGCUCCAACCACGUAGUCAUCCAGUGGUUUUGGAAGACAGUGCUGCUGAUGGAUGCAGAGAAGCGAAUCCGGCUCUUACAGUUUGUGACAGGAACAUCCAGGGUCCCGAUGAAUGGUUUUGCUGAGCUGUAUGGGUCUAACGGGCCGCAGCUGUUCACCAUCGAGCAGUGGGGAACGCGGGAUAAACUUCCUCGGGCCCACACAUGCUUCAACCGGCUGGACCUUCCUCCUUACGAGUCCUUUGAGGAGCUGAGGGAGAAACUUCACAUCGCUAUUGAGAAUGCACAAGGCUUCGACGGGGUGGAUUAGAAGUGGAUGACGCGGUGAGGUUGAUGAGGAAAAAAAACAAGCUGUGCGUCAGACUGGGGUCUUGACCUGCCAGCUGUGUGACAGAUGAAGGACGGCUACAGCAGCUUCGAUUUGGUCCUUUUUGGGGGCACACAUGGAGAACGGACAUUAAACCUGGAGUGACGGAGGCAUUUUUCUAUCACCCCACGUGUUUCGAAGUUUACAAAACAGGUUCUCUCAUGAUUAGAUUUUGUAUUUUAAAGUGUAUUCACUCUUUUAUGUUUUGCUAAAAUGCUUAAAUAUUUAAUGAACUUGAUUCUGUGAAAAAAAAAAUGAUACUAUAGAAAAUGAAUGUGAACGUAGGGUGUACAGUACAUGAGAAAAACAUUUAAUCAGUUUUGUCUGGUUUGAAUCAGAAUCACUUUAUGCUCAGCUUUUCACGUCAGACGACCUUUUGUUGCUAUUAUUGGAAACUGAUCAUGUCAAGGGGUUAGUUAACAUAAGGAUGCAAAACUUGAUCAUGUCUCCAGUGCUAUUUAAAUCCUCUCCUCUACAUAUUACUGUUCAACUGUGCCUUUAAGCAUGACCUUCAGAUGUUGUCCAGAGGUUUUUAAAAAUGACAGCCUGGAACAGUUUUUUUGUUAUUUGAAUUUUCUGUACAUUACCAUUUCAUUCCGGUUUAUUCAAACACUGCAGUAAAUCCCAAAUAUAUGGACCUCGAAAGCAUUUGCAGCGUAAAAUGUGCAGGUUACAUACAAAUUUGAGCAACUACAGUUAAACUGAUUGUAUCCAUGUGUCAGUUAAUCAUUUUGGUAGUGAUGUACCAACAGCAGGACCAGUAAAAGGCUAACCUAAUUAUACUGUAGUUUGUGUCUGUGUAGUCCACAGAUCAAAAGAUGUGACUGCCUGCAGUGUUAGUUUGUGUUGAAAUACUAUGCAUAAUUGUACAUAUUGACACCAGAAAAAAUAUAUUAACAUGUUGCAUUUAAAAAUGUACAUGCAAAUUUAACUUUGCCUUCUAGAAACUGAUAAAGCAUUUAUUAUUAAAGCUGUUAAUGUCACAUAAAUAUGUCAAAAUGGCAAAAAAAAAAUCAUGAUCAGUAACUCCUCAUAUUCAAGUUCAGCACUGAUUGUUUAUGUUCCAGAAGAAUAAAUAAAUGUGUAUUUACGUUAUAUCUCGUGAGGAUUAGCUUUCCAUAAACCUAAUCAGACAGACUGACACGGUUUGUUAAAUACUAUGUUUUGUUGCCUUUUUUUGUCAGUGAAUGACAUCAUUUUGUUUUCUUCUACUCAUCAAGGGUGUCUAAUUGCAACACAGUGCUCUAUUUUUAAGAGUACAACUUUAAAAAUUGUUUUGUUGGUUGUCAAAAUGUGUACAGAUUUUUCAAAAUGAGUAAUCACUCAUAAUACCUUUGUAAGAAAGUGACUGUACUUAAGCAGUAGUUGUGUCCUUUUCUGAAUGGUGAAACGUGUUUACACUACCUGCCAUGUUUACAGGUAAAGGAAGAUAUUGUGGGCUGGUUCUUGUCUCUGACAACACAAUUUUAUACUUAUGCUUUUAUAAAGUGAAGCACUUUGUUAAUAUUGAUGAGUCUUACUUCUGAGCUGCCUGAAUCUUUGCCAAUCUGUCACCUGCGGACUCCUUAAAUCACUCUUUGACAACAUGAUCCUAUGCUUCAAGUGCACAUGUGUUUAAAUGUUUACAUGUGAACGUUGCUGAAAAUAAGCACAUUCUCUUCUUUCACUUAUAUUUAAAAUGAAAUACCAAGGCCUUCAUUUGUAAUGUGUUGUAAAAUUCGAUUAUGUUUAUCGAUGUUCCGAUCUCUGAAUGGAAGUACUGUUUUAUAUAUAUAUUAUUGUCUACUGGAGACUAAUGAAUUGAUCAACUUUUCAUUUCUGAUAUAAAAAUUUGUUAUUGUAACACCUAUAAGUGCAUUAAAACAGCAUAAAUGCAACAUAUAUAAAACAGUUUAAAGGGCAAAAUGAACUGUAGCUGUUAAAUCCCAAUUUGAUGACCUAUAGCACACCAAACUGAAUAUAGAUAUAUUUGAAGAAUAAAAAAAAUUAAAACAGCCA